AGGGUGGGCAUUGGGGGGCCUAAAGAUGAGGCCUGGAGUGCAGAAGUUUGGGGGUGGGGAGAAAGUAGGGGAAGAGGAAGUAUGACAGGACUUAAGGGAAGAGGAAGGGCUCAUGCAACAGUUACCCCAGGACUGCUAUAAACAGGAUGUGGUAUCAGAGCAGACCUUCCCCCCUCCCCAGACGACAGCAGUCAGCACAAGGGGGACAUCCUUGGGAGCCAUGGCGGACUCUUUGGUGGUCUGUGAGGUGGACCCAGAACUGAAGGAGAAACUCCGAACGUUCCGCUUCCAGAAAGACACAAGCAACUCGGCCAUCAUCAUGAAGGUGGACAAGGACCGGCAACUGGUGGUGAUGGAGGAAGAAUUUCAGAAUAUUUCUCCUGAGGAACUGAGGAAUGAGCUACCUGAGAGACAGCCCAGGUUCAUACUCUACAGCUACAAAUGGCUGCAUGAUGAUGGACGGGUCUCCUACCCACUCUGCUUCAUCUUCUCCAGCCCCGUAGGCUGUAAGCCGGAACAGCAGAUGAUGUAUGCAGGAAGCAAAAACCGAUUGGUACAAACUGCCGAGCUCACCAAGGUGUUUGAGAUCCGCACCACAGAUGACCUGACAGAGGCUUGGCUUCAAGAGAAAUUGGCGUUCUUCCGAUAGCUGGGGGUGUCUGGAGGUGGGAGGACCCAACUGUCCAAGGAUCUGGAAAUGGGACACCUGGGUCCCGGGAAAUUAAAGUGCCUCAGAUAAAAUAAACCAGUGAAACCUG